CAGAUUAUUUUCUGUUGGUUGCGGUCAGGCUGACGUCUGUCAUUCAUUCUGUAAUUUGGAAAUUCAUUCAGCUGAAGGCAAAAUGUCUGUUUUCAUAUAUUUCGUCUAAAAAUAUUUACCUUAUUUACCUAUAAAAUAACGCGUCUUUGUUCGUUUUGUACUUCAUAUCCGAUAAACAAAGUUACGACUUUGCGUGAAGAUUAUUAAAAUUGAAUAAAGUUAUCGCAUAAUAAUGGAUUCGUGCACUGGAGUGGAGCAAGAUUUGGACAAAGCUUUAACAAAAUUUAACUCUCUAAAUGAUCAUACAAACAGAGUUCUGCAAGAUAUUAUAGAUCAAGUUGAAGAACUGCGAAAAGAAAUCGCAAAACAGCCUGAAAACACACCAUUAUCUCCAGCACAAGCUAUGGUGGUUGGUGAUUUAGCCUCAUCAGUCAAACAGACUGUGUUUCAAAUGUCUACAGAGCAUAGAGAACUCCAUGCCACAGUGUCUAGAGUGGGCAAAUCAAUUGAUAGGCACUUCAUUGCUGAUUAUGCCUCUGUGGCACCUAAGGCCGAGUCCUUUUGCAAUGACACCAAUAGGCCUAUCAUGGAACAGGCUAUUGCUCAACAUUUAUAUAGACAGGGUUUAGAGGACGUUGGCGACACGUUCGUCGAGGAAGCGAAGGUGACGGGCGUGGAGCGAACUUGUACGUUCGCGUUACUGCAGCGCUGUGCCGCCGCUCUGUCCGAGGGAGACCCUAGUGCAGCCCUGCACUGGACCGAGAGGAGGGCCCAUGAGCUACAUAACUCACCACUGCCGUUUACUUUGCAUAGGAUGCAGGCGUUCAAGCUGGCGCGCGAGAAGGGCGUGGGCGCGGCCAUCGCGUACGCGCGGCGCUGCUUCCCCGCGCACGCCGCGCGACACGAGCGAGCGCUGCAGGCCGCCGUCUGCGCCCUCGCCUGGUGCACGCCGGGCGCCGGCCCCGCGCCCGACAUCUACCAGCACCUGCUCGACCCCAAGGCGCUCGGCGCGGAAGCAGCAGAGCUAUUCAUAAAGGAAGCUUGUGCGUUGCUCCGUCUCGCGCCGCUGUCGCCGCUGGCGGGCGGCGUGCUGGCGGGGGCCCGCGUGCUGCCUGCAUUACACGACAUCAGAGCCAAGAUGACGCACCCACAUGUCAUCGCUGCGUGGUCUGAUGAUGAACUGCCUUUUGAGGUGGACCUCGGCGAAGACGGCGGCGGCUACCACUCAGUGUUCGCGUGCCCUAUCCUCCGUCAGCAAGCGUCGGAGCAGAACCCGCCGAUGCGGCUGCUGUGCGGACACGUCAUAUCCAGGGACGCGCUCAACAAACUCGCUAUGGGUGCCAAAUUGAAAUGCCCCUACUGCCCUAUGGAGCAGUCUCCGGCCGAAGCCCGACAGAUAUAUUUCUCGUGAACAGUUUAGUUCAUAGAUCGUUGUUAUUUACUUGAAAUAUUUUCCACUGGUAGCACAAGGAACGAACUUGCCACGGAUAAGAAAUGUUGACACAAGAGUUUGUAAUAUACGAUUUUUUCAUAAAUAUAACUAAAGAGAUUAAGGAAAUACAGAUUUGAGUCGUUUUGUAUUUAGGUUGGCCUUCGGUUGUCUAGAUCUGGGUUACCAGAACAAU